AUGUCAACCGAACUCCACCUCCGCACCCAAACCCUCGCCAACGCCCGCCUCCUCCUUCGCCCCCGCACCCCCACCUCCCCCACCCUCAGCGGCAACACCUCCAGCGCCACCCUCGUCGCCCCGCCCACCGACACGGGAGAAAUCGACAUCGUCGUCUUCGGCAAAGCCACCGACUUCACCGCGGCCGCCAUGGUCGGGCUCACCCCAGCUAUUGAAGGUGAGACGGCGCGCACGGCGGACCAGGCGUUGAGCAAGCUUUUCGCGGCGACGUGCGAGUUGCUGCAGAUGUAUAUUCCGAAGGUGGGGAGUCAUCAGCGUAAUAUUCAUGGUGGGGGGGUGUUUGAUGAGGAUAUGAUCAGCCCCAAGAUCCAGGAAGCGCAGAAGAAGUCGCCGUAG